GGGGGUUCUAUCCCAGGUGACGCUAACCCUUGGAAGCCAAUACCAUUGGAACGGUUCACGGUCUAUCGGGUGUCUGAUGAUCAGCAUGUCAUUAUUGACCGAGAGGACCGGAGGGACCCAGAAGUGACAGUACCCACCUCAUUACUGUUGAGUCCCCGUUUCCAGCUAGCCAAUUGGUACGCUGCAAAGAGUUGGAGAACUUCGGGGCCUGGACCCAGCACUCACGAGACACUGGAGAAAGAGACCCUCGACAUGCAAACCCCCCUCGCCACUCGGGUUGAACAAUUGUUGACUCAGCGAGGUCGGUACCCUGGGGACCAUCCAGACUAUGGGCAAAGAAACCGUUUUGAGUGCAUGCACCAUAGCAACGGGACGUAUGAAAUAAGAGAUCACGUACGAGAAUUCAAUGUCAUCGUGCCUGUGAACCUAUUGUUGAAUGAGAAGUUCCGAUUAGCCAAAUGGUAUGAAAAGCAACUACAGCGUGCUCACAACGAACUUUGCGAGCGGUUGCAAGGGGGCAUGGAGGAGACCAAUAUCCUGAGGUCAUUG